UCGUUGCUGAGGACUUCACGUUUCCUCGAGUUGUACGCAAUAGAAAUUGUUUGGAGACACUUAGAUAGCCAUUUGAUAACAUUGAUUUUCACAGGAACAGGACGAUGGAAUGAUGAAGUGAUUCCUUCUUCUCACAGCUAACUGUCAUCAUUUCUGCUCAGAGAAACAUGCAGCACUGCUCAUCUCCAGUAUUAGAGGAAGGAGAUGAAAUGGAGGGUGUUAAGGAGAAGCACAAUCGACUUUCUCGACCACACAGGAUCAGCGAGAAUUCAAAGGUGUAUCGAUGGGCUGACCAAGCCGUUUACCUUCUACAGGGUUUAAAUGAGCAGCGAGAAUGUGGUCAGUUGUGUGAUGUGGUCUUGGUGGCGAAUGGGCAGCGGGUUCACGCCCACCGUGCCCUGCUCGCCGUCUCCAGCCCGUACUUCCAGGCCAUGUUCACCCUUGGUAUGAGAGAGGAGCGGCAAGAUGAGGUGGAGCUUGUAGGUGCCUCGUAUGUGGGGGUUAAGGCGGUUGUGGACUUCCUCUAUAGUGGCGAGUUGUCCUUGGAUGGUGGAAACGUUGACUACGUGCUGGAGACGGCUCACAUGCUGCAGGUUUGGCAGGCUGUCGAUUUCUGUUGUCAGUAUCUGGAGAAAGAGGUCAAUGAGGACAACUAUCUGUACCUUCAGGACCUGGCGAUGCUUUACAGUUUGGAGCGUCUGGACACCUUCAUAGACCGCUUUGUUCUGGAGCGAUUCAGCACUCUCUCCUUCAUGCCAAAGUUCUUGAAAGAUGUGGGAUUAUCCAAACUCCGUUCUUACUUAGCCAGUGAAGAUGUGCAGCAUGAGAGUGAGCAGACCCUCCUUCAGGUGGCCCUCCAGUGGCUCAGCCAAAAGCCUGAGCGCUUGCCAUUUGCCCACGAGCUCCUUUGCCAUGUCCGCUUGGCCCUGAUUGCACCUGUGGAGUUGGCGGAGCAUGUCCUGCCUGCUGUACGCUCUUUAAUGCCACCGGAUUCAGGCUGCCAAGCUCUGGUGGAGGAAGCACUUGGUUACCAUGCUCAUGUCAGUGCUCAGCCUGUACUACAGACUGCACAGUCAGCCCUGAGAGGAGGAGUGGAGCGCUUGUUGCUGGUUGGAGGAGAGGUGUAUGAGCGUGGUGAAGAGCUUAGCACUGAUGUGAACUGGCUAGAUGAAGAAGCAGGAGUGUGGGUUGUAGAGACACAGCUACCCGCUCAGAGGAGCCACCACUGUGUUGCAGUUCUGGGAGGAUUCAUUUUUAUCGCUGGGGGGAGUUCGUCACGGGAUAACUGGGGAGACGCUGCAAGUAACAUACUCUACCGAUAUGACCCACGUAACAACACAUGGUUCAAGGGUGCCAACAUGAACCAACGGCGAGUUGAUUUCUAUCUCGGAACCAUGGGAGAUUGUGUGAUUGCUGUCGGGGGACGCAAUGAAAGUGGCGCACUAUCAUCUGUUGAGGUCUAUCAUCCUGUGGAGGAUUACUGGACCUAUGUAGCUGGGCUUCCAAGGUUAACUUAUGGCCAUGCUGGCACAACACACAAAGGUGUAGUGUACAUCUCAGGAGGCCAUGACUAUCAGAUCGGACCUUAUCGACGUGACAUGCUCAGUUAUGACCCGGGUGCCGGGGGCGCAUGGGUAGAGAGGCAGGCUAUGCCUCUUGCUCGUGGCUGGCACUGCAUGGCAUCGCUGCAUGACCGAAUCUAUGUAAUUGGUGGCAGUGAUGACCGUGAGGACAGCAUGGAGCGUUUUGAUGUGCUAGAAGUAGAAGCCUUUGACCCACACACUGAGCAGUGGAGCAGGGUCGCCCCACUGUGCUACCCAAACAGCGAAGCAGCUGUUGCUGUAUGGGAUGGAAAGAUCUACGUUAUGGGAGGCUAUACCUGGGAGCACAUGGACUUCUCAGAAAACACUCAGGUGUUCAAUCCAGAGAAGGGCCAGUGGGUGAUGGGACCCAACCUACCAAGGUACAUUGCUGGAGCCUCUGCGUGUGUGUGUACAGUCCGAGCUCGAAAGUCCUGCAGCACUGAGCAGAACAGGACAGGAGGGAAAGAGAAAGACAAGCAAAACACAAGUCAAGGACAAGACAGAUGAAUGGAAGUGCAAAAAAAAAAUGGUUCAGUAAUGUGCCCUGAUGGGGCAGUUAUUCUCCCAACAUGCAGGUAACAGCACCAAGGGUGCAGGCCCUUAUCAGACACCAGUACUUGCUUAUGGAAGCCGGAAUUGGACUGACUAAGUUUGGAAUUGCUGAUUACUAAAGGUUGAUGUUACA